ACAACAGAGCAAAGAAUGCCAAGUGGCGUGUCACUUGGAAGGCCGCACACAACCGGAUGUGGUCAUGCGACAAUGGCAACCUCGUGAUCCCAUGGAAUGGAGGCAAACCGCUAAUGGCGCCAAGCCUAACUGCCAGGCCGUUCCCCCUUCCCUCCCCUCGCCUCUCCGGCGCCAAGAGCCAUCGCCUCCUCCUCGGCGUCAGAUGCGGCUCCGGCUCCGGCUCUCCCGGAAGCGGCGAUGACGACGCACCGCCGGUCGUCAGGGCGGCGGUCAGCGCCGCCACUGAGCUCCUCAGGGCCCUCUCUCCCAAGAAGCCAAGGCAAGCUGUCGAAGCCGUCGACGCAGAGUUGGAGUCGCCUCGCAGCGUCGAGGAAGUGGUGGCUGUUCUUGAAGCCGACUACCGGCGUGCUUAUUUCCUUACUGGGAACUUCACUUUGGGCAUAUAUGCUGAAGAUUGCUUGUUUGAAGACCCGACGAUAAAGUUCCGUGGAAGGUCUAGAUACUCCCAGAAUCUGGAUUUGUUAGUGCCCUUCUUCGACAGCCCUUCGCUCCAACUUGAAAAUAUAGACAAGGGUUUGAGGGUCGACACAAAGUUUAUCAUAGCAACAUGGACAUUAAGGACGUAUUUGAAGCUCCCGUGGAGGCCCCUCAUCGCCAUAAGAGGGAAUACAACAUACGAUUUAGAUGAAGAAUAUAAGGUCGUUAGGCACGCAGAGAGUUGGGACGUGUCUCCGCUGGAAGCGAUCAGAUAGUUAUUCGUCUCGGCUUCGAAGCAUGGCAAGUGAACUUUGGAACAAUUGAUUAUAUCACAAAACCCACGGAAACCCACGACGAGCUUGUGUGCUUAAGUAAUUCUGUAGUUAUCUCUACUAUUAAAGGGGAGUUUGUAAGUCAUUUGUCUCCCUCCCAUGGCCCCACCAAUUGAAGGAUCUUCCCAUGAUUCUAUAUUUCUUUUUACCAACCGCAACCCCACCGAGUUCGGCAAGUGGUGAUUCAAUCACAUCUUCUUUGUUUCUUAGUAUGCACUCAUGUGAUCCAGUGCCAUAAAAACAAAUCUAUCAUCAAUCAAAAAUUGUCUCCAGCAGCCCGUGGAUCCACAACCAUACAUGGCAAAUCUACCUAUCUACACCAUAUCAGAACUUUGGGAGGAAGGUUUGAAGGAAAUAUGCCCUAGAGGCAAUAAUAAAGUUGUUAUUUUAUA